AUGUUGGUGUCUUCGGGGUGGACUAUUAACUCGGUGGAGCUGUUGUGGUGGGAUCUGAUAGGCACACCUGACUUUUCUCUCAACACUGUGAGGGGAGAUAUUUGGACUUUGGACUUUGGAUUCACUAAUAAUCUGCAAGAGAAGGCAAUUCUUGCAAGUAGUUAUUCACAAAAGAACUAUGGUGAAGCAUGCAGAGUAAUAGACAGAGUUCUUAAGAUUGGAUUAAUAUCUGGAGGUAGCUUGGCUUUUGUGUUGUUCUUAGGGCCAUUUGUAGGGUUUUCAGAUAUAGAGGUGGUUGAGAUUACAAAAGCACAAUCUUUUGGGAUUAAGGCUAAGAAACCUACCUGGAAGAUUGGUUCUUGGUUUUCUCUUAAGAAGCUAUUGAAAAGCUUACCUAAAGUCCAGAUUGUUGAUGACAUGGAUCAUAUUGAUAAGGACAGCCUGUUAUCUGAAGAGGACUUGAAGAGACCUCAGCUCCCACCUGGUUUUCCAGUUGGUGAUUGUGAAGUUGGAAGCACAAGGAAAGCAUGCAAAAAUUGCUCAUGUGGAUGUGCUGAAGAAGAGGAGAAAGUGCAAAAGCUGGGAGUGACUAUGGACCAGUUGGAGAACCCCAAGUCAUUCUGUGGCAGUACAAACUAUUUUGAUUCUUGGAUUGGCAGAAAUACAAGGUUCACAAUAUUCAACAAUUUCAACAAUAUUAAAUGUUUGAAAAACUUUGAGAAAACGACAACACACUUGGGGAAAAAGGAAAUGGAACAUCUUGAGCAGGUCACAAGAAUGAUCAGAGAAGGGGUUCAUUAGUCGUAAAGAAUUAUGAAAGGCAAGAUGCAACUCUACUUAGUUCGAAUUUGAUCUUUAUCAUCUUUGUGUAUAUCUUUUU